ACAAUGCUUUCCCUUCACUAGCUGCAUCCUUUCUGCACCAAGGAAGAGCACCGGAGAGUGAAAGGGAGUUGUCUUUAAGGAGCCGGCUUGCUUUCCCCCCAAAGACCAGAGGCAGACAGAGCUGGGGAAGAAGGCUUUCCACGCAGCAUGCUUGCUACAGCUGGACGGCAGAUGGCCAAGCCAUCCCCCUGGUGGCUUUUCCUGUCCUUCUCUGCCACGCUCCAGAUGGUGUCUAUGGAGCAAGGUGCUGUGCCUGCCUGCCCACCCCAAUGCCACUGCGAGGAAGAUGGCAUCAUGCUGUCGGUAGACUGCUCAGAGCUGUCCCUCACUUCUGUUCCAGACAGCCUGAGCUCCUUCACAGCCUACCUGGAUUUAAGCAUGAAUAACAUCAGCGAGCUGUUUCCUGGUGACUUCCGUCACUUGCGCUUUCUAGAGGAAUUGCGCCUGUCUGGAAAUCAGCUCUCUAAGAUCCCAGGAGAAACAUUUUCUGGCCUCUACAAUUUAAAAAUUCUGAUGUUACAGAACAAUCAGCUUAGUCGGAUCCCAGCAGAGGCUCUGUGUGAUCUUCCAAACCUUCAGUCGCUGCGCCUGGAUGCCAAUUUGAUUUCUGUGGUACCAGAGAAGAGCUUUGAGGGGCUCCCCUCCUUACGUCACCUUUGGUUGGAUGAUAAUGCCCUGACAGAAAUCCCUGUCAAAGCACUCAACAAUCUCCCUGCACUACAAGCCAUGACUUUGGCACUCAACCAAAUCUGGCACAUUCCUGACUAUGCCUUCCAGAACCUCACCAGCCUUGUGGUGCUACACCUCCAUAAUAACCAGAUCCAGAGCCUGGGAAUGCAGGGCUUUGAAGGACUCCACAGCCUGGAAACUCUGGACCUAAACUAUAAUGAGCUGGUGGAAUUUCCAGUGGCCAUUAGGACCCUCAGCCAACUUCAAGAGCUGGGCUUCCAUAACAACAACAUCAAGGCUAUUCCAGAGAAAGCAUUUGCUGGGAAUCCAUUACUCCAAAUUAUGACCUUGACCCGGGCUGGGAUCCAUUUGCUUCCUGGAGGAAUGUGCCAGCAGUUGCCCAGUCUGCGAGUUCUUGAGCUCUCACACAAUCAAAUUGAGGAGCUGCCCAGUUUUCACCGCUGCCAGAAGUUGGAGGAAAUUGGCCUCCAGCACAACCAGAUUCAUGAAAUCAGAGCAGAUACCUUUUGGCAGCUUACAGCCUUGCGUUCCAUAGACUUGAGCUGGAAUUCCAUUCGGACCAUCCACCCAGAAGCCUUUGUGACCCUCCCAUCUCUCAUUAAGCUGGAUUUGACUGACAAUCAGCUGGUGACACUGCCAUCAUCUGGUUUGAGUGCCCUAACUCACCUGAAACUGAAAGGCAACCCUGCACUGUCUGAGUCCUUCCCUAAAGAAAACUUUCCCAAGAUGAGAGUCUUGGAAGUGCCCUAUGCCUACCAGUGCUGUGCCUAUGGAGCGUGUGGCAACUUCUUCAAAGCUUCCAGUCAGUGGGACUCUGAGGAUGUGAGUCCUGAGGAUGAAGAUGGCCACAAGAGGAGCUCGGGACAGUUUCCAAGCCAUGCUGAUAAUCAUUAUGACCUGGACAUGGAAGAUUUCCAGUUGGAAAUGGAAGAUUCAAAGCUACGUCCAAAUACCCAGUGCACACCCAGCCCUGGUCCCUUCAAGCCAUGUGACCACCUGUUUGAGAGCUGGGUAAUCCGCCUGGGUGUCUGGCUGAUCAUGCUGGUCUCCAUACUGUGCAACGGGCUUGUCAUGGUGGUUGUCUUUGCCUCGCCCGGCUAUCUGUCUCCAGUCAAAUUUGUCAUUGGCAGCAUCGCUGGAACCAACCUGCUGACAGGCAUGUAUUGCGCCAUCCUGGCUUUUGUGGACACCAUCACCUUCGGGCAUUUUGCCAAAUAUGGAGCCAGGUGGGAGACCGGUGCAGGGUGCCAGGUCACUGGAUUCUUGUCAGUGUUUGCUUCAGAGGCUUCCAUCCUCCUCCUAACACUGGCUGCUAUUCAGUGCAGUCUGUCAGUGUCAUGCAUGAAGACUUAUGGUAAAGUGCCUUCUUUCGGCACUGUCAAGGCCGGAGCCAUGUGUUGCCUGACACUCUCCUCUGUGGCUGCAGCUCUCCCACUCUUUUCUGUAGGGGAGUAUGGUACAUCCCCUCUUUGCCUGCCUUACGCCCUCCCUGAUGGGAAGCCUUCCAUGCUGGGCUUCAUGGUGGGCCUGGUGCUGGUCAACACCCUUUGUUUCCUCAUAAUCACCGGCACAUACAUCGGUCUCUAUUGCAACCUGCUGAAAGGUGAAUUUGACUCAGUCUGGGACUGUGCUAUGAUUAAGCAUGUGGCCUGGCUUAUCUUUAUCAAUUGCCUUCUCUAUUGUCCAGUGGCCUUCCUCACCUUCUCUUCCAUGCUCAGCCUCUUCCUCAUCACCCCUGAAGUCAUCAAGUCUGUCCUGUUGGUGGUCCUGCCCCUUCCAGCCUGUUUGAAUCCCCUGCUCUACCUCCUCUUUAACCCCCACUUCAGAGAUGACUUGAGGCUACUGAGGCAGAAGAGCCAGACCCAGGAAAGCUGUGUCCAGUCUUAUGUGUCCGAUGACACAGAGAAGAGCUCGUAUGACUCUACCCAGGCCCUUGUUCCUUUCUCUGACACGGAUCAUGUAUUUGAGGCACCAGACAUCUUCAGAAUGCCAUCUAGAUGCCCACCAGUCCUGGAUGCUUACAACUUCCCCUCAGUGACUCUCAUCCCAUGCCAACAAAAGGCAGGUACCAGAAGGCAUAAUAGUGACUUCUCCACUCAUCUCUCUUGCCUUGCCGACAAUGAGCUACUCAUUGAUUCAGAAAGCAAAGACGCAGCAAGGAACAGCCUUCAGACCACCUUGUUUCCCACGUCACCAGCACCAGCCUUUACCUCUCACUUAUAAAAGCAGUCUUCCAGUUCCCUCAGUGGAGCUGUUUUGGGGAAAACAUGGUCCAGUAUAUCACUUCUUCAGAAAAAAGCCAGGGUGCUGCCAAUGACAUGUAACCUAGCUUGCUGAAGCACCAUUUCUCAAAUGCCAAGCACUACCAGAACUGCUCAAUGUGGGUGAAAGAACCUCCUCUCCUGCCAAAGCAGAGUUCCAUCAAGGAAGGGAAACUAGGAAACAAAUGAGUCCGUGUUCUCUGAACUAGGAAGUCAACCUAUUACAAGGCAGCAUUUUGAGAGGGAAAGACAGAAGCUGCUGCCUAAUCAAUAAAAUACUCAACUUCCUGGAACAUUUAACCUUUUAACAUCGUGUGGAACAGACCAUCAAACAAGAAUGGAGUCAUAUUCCCAAAGAAUCUCACCCUAAACAGUGAAAGGCAUUAACAAUUCAGGAUAAUGUCACCUCUGCACCUGCUGAGAACUGACAGGGCCUAUCACAUGCUGGACAUUUGGGGUCUCACACUGCCCUUUCCUCUAUUGAGAUUCUCUAACAAUUCUGUUCAAGUGGAAGAGAGAAGCUACAGGUUAACAGGCAAGUGCUCAGUUUAGGAUGCUUCAGUUUCCUACAGCCUGGUUUUCUAGGGGAUGAUGUACCUACCCAGGCAGCAGAUAAUUAAAGCUUAGCUCACCCCAGACACACCAAAAAUAUUAAAGCACCCAGUAUUCAAUGUGGCUGGACACAUAUCCAAAGUCAGCAACUAAUUGGAACUCACAAGAUUCUGCUAAGAACCUGUGUAUGCUGUGUUCCCUAGCGCACCCCACAGCACAAACUUAAGAACAUAGGAACAGCCAUGGUGGAUCAGACUAUCAAGUCGGGCAACUUGACAAUGGUCAAGGAGAUGCCUUUAAGAGCCUACAAACGGGAAGCAAUAGCAUCCUCCUGCCUGUGCUCCCCGGCAACUGAUGUAAAAGAAGCAUACUUCUUUUCAUUGGGUGCUACCAAAACUUACCAGUAUUUGAGCCAAUGGGCUGAAAUCAGUGCAAGAUGGUACCUCUGAUCUCAUAGGGGAAUCAAACAUGCAGAUAUUCCUCUGCUCAGUAGCACUCCCAUAAUUUACUGUUGCAGCAGAAAAUGAGGCGUGUAUUAAGAAGAGAAAGUAGGUUUUAAUACCCUGCUUUUCUCUAUACCUUUAGGAGUCUCUAAUGUGAUUCUAUGGAAGAACAGAGAAUUGAACCUGCUUCUCCAGAUUAGAAUCUGCUGCUGUUGCAGCCCAAUCCAGAGCCUCACCCCUGCCCGUAAGACAGUUAUGCAUCCAUUCACUAUUCUUAAGACAAGACAUUUGACACUUUUGAUGAUUUCUUCUUGGAUAUGAGCUUUAAUAAGAAACGGCCUUCUUCAUUAGAUACAGUUAAAACACUCCAGAAACUUUGAAGCACUGUAAAUUGAGUAUUUUGGAAAUUUGCUCCAAAAUAUUAGAUCUUAGGAAAAUUCAUAAUACUAUAUUUAGACUUCCAUAUUACCAAAUGCAUGUAUAGUUAGUUCUACAUUAAUGCCUGAAGAAAAUCGUGCUUAUGUGUUUGCAUAAAAUACGUGACCUGCAUAUUUUGCACAGUCCUUGCAGACUAUACAGCAUGGAUCAUAGAAUCCAAAAGCUCUGGAGAACCAAAAUAUUCUUUAUCUGCCACAUAACAUUCAAUCUCUAAAAGGAGUUUUCAACUUCUCCAGGAUUCCCGAAGGGUUGAAUCUUCAAAAGCAAGAUUUACAGAAAGGCAGUUUACAGAAUUAACUGUUUCUGCAUAUCUAAUAUACAUUGGAAUAUACAUUACAAUUAACUGUGGUGCUCUUCUGUAUUCUAAAGUACUAAAAUUCCAUUAAGUAACACAUUCUAGACUAAAAGGUAUUAAGUGUCUUUUGAAAACAUGGUCUACUCCGAACUAGUUCCAGAUAGAUUCUGUGAUCACCACUAACAAAAAAACAGAGGGCAGUUUGUCUGUGAGUACAGACCAAUGCAGGAUACACUGUGUGGACCAAGGAUUCUUUCCCUCUGACCGUUAUGUAGGUUGAUUCGUGACUAUGCAAAAGGAAAAGUUUUUGCCAUGUGCUCUUCAAGUGGCCAGCCUGGUCUCCAAACACAAAGGUGACCCUUGCUAACCUAGCCAUAGCCUCACAAUGCCAGGGCCUUUUGGUUUUUAUGUGAACUUUUGGGCUACUUUGAUUCUCCUGCUGCUCUCUGUUCUACACAUCUCACAGUGGAAAGAGUUAUUUGAUUCUUGUAAUCUCUAAAACUGGGAUAUCUAUACUCAGAAAGAACCAUCAUCCUGACAGCUCAAGUCUAGCUUAGCCCAGACCUAAAAAUACAAAAUACAUGUAACUCUUACAACCAAUAUCAUUUCCAAAAUAAAUCAUAACCAAGCUCCCAUUCCACAUUGAGGCAAAUAAAUAUACCGCACCAAGUGCCUUCCACAACCUGUAUAUGUUAUUUGUACAUACAUGAUGCCAUAUAUGCAAUAUCCAGCAUGUGUGUGUUUUGUAUAUUAUGUGUAUAUUUAUAUAUAGAGAAAUAUAGUCACUUUCCCUCUUACCGAUCCUGUGUUGCGAUUCUGCUUUCCUUUUUGUAUAUUGAUUUGUAAAGCAUUCACAAUUGAAAACCAUGUAGAAAAUUUAAAAUUAUGAUUUUAAAACCAA